CUAGUGACUAGAAACUAGCCAGCAUACGAGGUUUCUCACGCGCGUAGCCAAGCCUAGACGAAACUGCGUGCCAUAAGGAAUGAUAGGGAUUAUGACGCAGAUCCGCGACGACCGGCUAAGCAUAGCAAACCGCGCAUAAUUCACCCCGAGGGACGAAGUGACGUGGGAGCAGGGACAGAGAGACGCGAUAGCAGGGACGGAGAGACGCGAUAGCAGGGACGGAGUGACGCGACAGAAACUACCAAGUGACGCUAUAGCACAAAGUGGCUGAGGCGAAAGCAGGGAGGAAGCAGCGAGGGCAGGGGAGGGAGAGCGGAGGAGGGAGUGAGGCAUGAGAGCAGGAGGGUAGGGAGGGCGGAAGGUAAGGAGGGCAGGAAGGUAAGGAGGGCAGGAAGGUAAGGAGGCAGGUUGCAGCUGCCCGCUUCCCGCCUCCCGCCACGUCCUGCUGCCUACUUCUAGCUUCCCGCUUUCCCGCUCCCCGCUGCGGCCCGCUAAUGGCUUGCCUCUCCCGCACCGUGCUUCCCUGCUGCUUCCCGACUGCCCGCUCCGCCCUUCCCUGCUCGGGUUUUGCAUUGGAAGGGUUUGUGUGGGCCUGGAUAUGGUGCCAUUCCAACUGCAUCCAUCAUGGCCGUCUGACUUCUCACCAUUACACAACGGCCCUCGAACCAUGCUUCAUGCUUGGUGGUUUCGGGUUGUCAUGCGAAGCUGACCACCUUAUGUUCAUGCAUGUCGAUGAUGUGCCUGUGUGUCACACUGUGUAAGACUAAUGACCCACAUUAGGUUAUGUUGUGAAAUUAU